AUGGCCAACGACGAAUAUGACUUCCUAUUCAAAGUGGUGCUUAUCGGAGACUCUGGUGUUGGUAAAUCCAACCUGUUGAGUCGUUUCACCCGCAACGAGUUCAACUUGGACUCCAAGUCAACGAUCGGUGUGGAGUUCGCGACCCGUUCUAUUCAAGUCGACUCGAAGACAAUCAAGGCACAGAUCUGGGAUACCGCUGGUCAGGAGCGCUACCGUGCCAUUACCUCUGCCUACUACCGCGGCGCUGUCGGUGCCCUCCUCGUGUACGAUAUCAGCAAGCACCAGACCUACGAGAAUGUCAACCGGUGGUUGAAGGAGCUCCGGGACCACGCCGACUCCAACAUUGUUAUCAUGCUUGUCGGUAACAAGAGCGAUUUGCGCCACCUGCGUGCGGUCCCUACUGAGGAGGCCAAGCAGUUCGCUAGCGAGAACAACCUCUCAUUCAUUGAAACCUCCGCCCUCGAUGCUAGCAAUGUUGAGCUGGCCUUCCAAAACAUCCUCACAGAAAUCUACCGCAUCGUUUCCAGCAAGGCCCUCGACUCCGGGGAGGGUGGCUCUAACCAGGUCGGCGACCGCCGUCCCGUCAUCGACUUCACCCCGCAGGACACCGAGCAGAAGCAGGGCUGCUGCUAG